AUGCUUGACAAUGAGGCAAUUUACGAUUUAACCCGACGCAACCUCGACAUCGAGCGUCCGACGUACACGAACCUGAACCGCCUCAUUGGCCAGGUUGUCUCCUCGCUGACGGCCUCGCUGCGCUUCGACGGUGCGCUGAACGUGGACCUGACGGAGUUCCAGACCAACUUGGUGCCGUACCCGCGCAUCCACUUCGUGCUGACGAGCUACGCGCCGGUGAUUUCGGCGGAGAAGGCGUACCACGAGCAGCUCUCCGUCUCGGAGAUCUCGAACGCGGUGUUCGAGCCCGCGGCGAUGAUGACGAAGUGCGACCCCCGCCACGGCAAGUACAUGGCGUGCUGCCUCAUGUACCGCGGCGACGUGGUGCCGAAGGACGUGAACGCUGCCGUCGCAACAAUCAAGACGAAGCGCACGAUCCAGUUUGUGGACUGGUCGCCCACCGGCUUCAAGUGCGGUAUCAACUACCAGCCCCCGACGGUGGUGCCCGGUGGCGACCUCGCCAAGGUCCAGCGUGCGGUGUGCAUGAUCGCCAACUCGACCGCCAUCGCGGAGGUCUUCGCGCGCAUCGACCACAAGUUCGACCUCAUGUACAGCAAGCGCGCGUUCGUCCACUGGUACGUCGGUGAGGGCAUGGAGGAGGGUGAGUUCUCUGAGGCCCGUGAGGAUCUCGCCGCCCUGGAGAAGGACUACGAGGAGGUCGGCGCGGAGUCGGCGGACAUGGAGGGCGAGGAGGAUGUGGAGGAGUACUAG